CCCUUUGAAUGCAUGGAAUGUGGAAAGAGUUUCAGUGAUAGGGGAGGAUAUAAUCGACAUCAAAGGAUUCACUCAGGUGAGAAGCCCUACAAAUGCAUGGAAUGCGAUAAAACAUUCAGGUGCCGUUCAGAUCUGUUGACACAUCAAAAAACCCACAGAGGAGAGAAACCACACAAAUGCAUAGUGUGUGGAAAGGGCUUCAGUAAGGCUUAUCAUCUGCGUGUACAUGAAAGAACGCAUUCCGGAGACAAACCCUAUAAAUGCACGGAAUGUGGAAAGAGUUUCAGUCAGAUGGCAAAUCUACGUGUCCAUGAAAGGACACACACAGGGGAGAGACCAUACAAAUGCACAGUAUGUGGAAUGGGCUUCUGUGAUAAAGGCUCAUGUAAUAAACAUCUAAGGACCCACACAGGGGAGAAACCAUAUGAAUGCGUGGAAUGUGGAAAGAGCUUCAGUUGCAGUUCUAAUCUGCGUACACAUCAAAGAACCCACACAGGGGAGAAACCGCAUGAAUGCAAGGAAUGCGGAAAGAGCUUCUCUACUAGUAGCAGUUUGCGGUCGCAUCAAAGAACCCACACUGGGGAGAAACCUUAUGAAUGCAUGGAGUGUGGAAAGAGCUUCAGUUGCAGUGAAAGUCUACAUUCCCAUCAAAGAAUCCACACAGGAGAGAAACCAUAUCAAUGCCUGGAAUGUGGAAAGAGCUUCAGGGGCAGACGGGAUUUGCAUUCCCAUCGUAGGACCCACACAGGGGAAAAGCCAUAUAAAUGCAUGGAAUGUGGAAAGGCCUUCAGCAAAAGUGGAGAUUUACGUGCCCAUCAUAACACCCACACAGGAGAGAAACCAUAUCAAUGCCUGGAAUGUGGAAAGAGCUUCAGAGACAGACGAGAUUUGCAUUCCCAUUGUAGGACCCACACAGGGAAAAAACCAUAUAAAUGCAUGGAAUGUGGAAAGGCCUUCAGCAAAAGUAGAAAUUUACYUGCCCAUCGUAAGACCCACACGAGAAAAACCACAUAAAUGCAUYGAAUGUGGAAAGGCCUUCAGCAAAAGUUGCUCAUAUAAUAAAUAUCUCCCUAUGUAUAUAUUUUUGGAUUUACCUUAAUCAUAAUAAUAAUUCAAUAUGUAUAUUCCGCACUUCUCCCCGAGGGUACUCAAAACAGAGUCCCCUCCUCCUGCUGCAUUUACAGCAGACAUAGGCAAACAUUCAAUGCCUUUACAGUCACAUAAAAUGAGACACACAGACAAAGGCAAAGGCUUCUCCUUUCAUUUCCGACUUCUGAAGGCAAUGCUCAUUUCUCGCUCUGGGAGAGGUGUUUUUCUCCAUUUUCGAUCCGAGGAGCCAUUAAAGAGCCCACAUAGGGGAGAAARAUGGGASAAACAUUGUCAUCUCCCAGUUGUGUGGCCGGCAAGYCUGCUUGGAGUGUCUUUUGCCUUUUCCUGCCAAAGCGGUACCUAUUAUAUUUCAUAAGGUAACAUAAGGUAAUUUUAUAAGGCAAAGGCUUCUCCUUUCAUUUCCAGCUUCUGAAAGCAAUGCUCAUCUCUGGCUUUGGGGGGGUUGCUUUUCUCCAUUUUCAAGCUGAGGAGCCAGCAUUGUCACCUCCRGGUCYUGCGGCUGGCAAGACUGCUGGAGACUGGGACGUGGAACAAUGGCUUCAAAGUACAAGACAGGAGAUUCCAUCUGAACAUGAGGAAGAACUUCCUGACAGUGAGAGCCAUUCAGCAGUGGAACUCUGCCCUGG